CUCAUCUCUCUCCUUAAGGCUCCUUCACGAUGGACCGAGCCAUUUUGGACGAGCUCAACAUUAACAACAUCACUAAACAGUUGCGUUCCAGCUCCCGUUCGGUGAAAAAUCGGCUCCAAUCCAUCCUCAAGGACUACGAAUGGAUCGCCGCGGUCCAGACAGCGUACGAUCGGCCGUUGGUUCCAAACGAAAGAUGUGGCUUGUGGUACGUUCCCCCUGCCCAGCGUUUGGAAACAUCAUACUUUAAAUCCACCGAUGGUCACACCAAUGAAUGGGACUUUAGUCUCCGCCGACUCAACCUCCACUUGCUCCCCCUCAUCGCCUCCCACAACGGGAUCAUUCUUGUAGACUCCACGCGCAGAGGCAAACGCAUCCCCGAUGCGCUUUCCAAGACGGUUCCGAUCUGGUGUGCGGUGAUAAACUAUGUCAUGAUGGGACCUCCAGAGGGGGAAUCCCAUACCAACUGGUUGCAUUGUCCGCCGGGCCAGGUGUCAAAGUCAGAAUACACACAAAUCAUCUCCCGCAUCCCCCAGUUUGCGCAGAGGGCAACAGCGAUGGGAAUCCUCAAACCACAACAGCUCGCCGAAAUGUUGAGCCGCCGACCGUUGCGCCCUCUUUGGGUCUUUCCUGAUCCCAAAAACGCAAUCAACCUACCGGAAACCCCACCUGGCGUUUUCGAUGACUUCCAUCCGGUGAUCUGCUGCACCGCCAGUAAGAUGUGCCAGGACGGGAUCGAAAUGAACUACGCGUAUGACAAAGCUGGAAGGGCUAUCGACUCUUGGUACUACGUCCAGGGAGCUGCCGAUGACCACGAGUUGUGGGCUGGGAAGCACCUCAGUCCGCCUUUGUUCUGGCAAGUCGUAGCAGAUGCCAAUUUUGACAUAAACACGCUUAACGAUGCUGAAUUUUUACUAAAUAUUGAACAGCUACACAGUACAAAUAUCUCCCAGGCAACUACCAACAGCGAUGAUUUGACUCAGGCUUUGGGGAUCCUAAGGGUUGGUGAUACCUGUCUCGAUUUUGGAUUGAUCCUGGCAAACUUGCGGUUGGAGGCCUAUCAACAUUCCUACAAGGUUGCAGUCUGUUUUUCUGAAAACUUUGCGAUUGAAAGUGCUGCCGGGAGGUGUAAGGUGUUGAAUUAUCCGUUCCAAUCGUCAAAAAAGGGGUCCAAGCAGUUCAGGCAGGAGUUGCCCCAGAUUAUGGCACAGCUUGAAUCGGAGGUUUUGGCUAACGCUUCGAUCUUGAUUGUGUGUGACACGGGCAAAGACUUGUCCGUAGGCAUGGUGCUUGUGAUCUUGUGCCAAUACUACAAUCUCGAUACAGUCACGUUGAACAAAACGAAGAACGAGGUUGUGAGCAAAGAGUAUGUGAAGAAGUGGCUUGCUAGGAUCUUGGAGUACAAGAAGGUCAAUCCUAGUCGGGCCACUUUGUUGAGUGUUAACUCCUACUUGAUGUAAGAACCCCCGGUGUGUAUAUACAAGGCUUUUUAGCAUGAAUAAAGG